AGUCCCAUUCUUAUCAUCUUAGCAUUGACUCCUAAGUUUGCGAAUCGUUGGAAAAGAGGAGAUUCAUAAAAAUUCUUCACACGUAACUUGAAAACAGAUUUUAUUUGUUUCUGUAUAAAUAUAAUAGAUAGGUACAUAAAUAGAUCAUAGUUAUAUACGUUAUAUAUAAUCAUAAUCAAAACAAAGUGUAUAUAUAACAUAUAAUCAUUACAUCAUGACAUUAUCAUGACAUUCGAUUCGUGUUAGUAUUGUUUAUUUGUAACUGUUUUUAUUUAUCACCAAUUCGAAAGAAGAUAAUGUUAUCGUGGAAAAUGUCAGUUUCAAAGUGCUCGCGCUCUAUUCAAAGUGUCUUGGUUCUUGAACACCAAAAAUAUAAAAGAAAUAUACUUAUAUUUGAUAGACAUAAGAAUAAUGUGUUUAUUCAAGUGCUCCUUACGCUCUACUGCGAAAAUCGUGCGAUGUACUUUAAGUGUUAAAUAUAAAUCAUCUUAUACAAAUAUGUUACCACCGACAUACGUUGAAGGUUUUCAUGAUUUGGAAGCCGUUAAGGCUAUGGAAUAUAGACCUUUCGGCAAAACCGGAUUGAUGGUCAGCAAAUUAUCAUUUGGUGGCGGACCGCUUGGUUGUCAUUAUGGUACGUAUGAUGAAGAUCAAGCAAUUGAAGCGAUACGUCAAGGAAUAAAACAGGGGAUCAAUUACAUUGAUACCUCACCAUGGUAUGGUCAAGGUCGCUCCGAAGCUACUAUUGGAAAAGCACUGAAAGGCAUUCCACGUAAGGCAUAUUAUAUCGCGACAAAAGUCGGACGAUAUGAAUUAAAUCACGAAAAUAUGUUCAAUUUUUCCAAAGAAAAAACUAGAAAUAGUUUCCUUAAAAGCUUGCAACUUUUGGGUUUGGAUUAUGUCGAUGUCAUCCAAGUUCAUGAUAUCGAAUUUGCACCAAGUUUACACAUAAUAAUUACACAAACCUUACCAGAACUGUCAAUACAAGUUGCGGAGCGCAAGGCAAAGUACAUUGGUAUCACUGGAUAUCCGGUAUCCAUUUUGAAGGAAUGUAUUGAGAAAAGUAAUAUUAAAAUUUCUUGCGUACUGAGCUAUUCAAGGCAUACGCUAAUAGAUAAUACUUUAUCUGAAUAUAUUCCAUUUUUCAAGAAACGUAAUAUUGGUAUAAUUAAUGCUUCUGCGCCAUGUAUGGGACUUCUAACUAGUAAGGGUGCACCAACUUGGCAUCCCGGUUCAGAACAAACGAAAGAAAUAUGUGCAAAUGCUGCUGCAUAUUGUAAGGAUCAUGAUAUAGAAUUAGCCAAGUUAGCAUUAUGGUAUUCUAUGCAAUGCGAAGAUAUUGCUACAUAUUUAGUCGGAAUGCAAAAUUUAAAAGAACUGCAGAUGAACCUUGAUGUUGUUAAAAAUGGAAUUACAGAUAAGGAAAAAAAUGUGCUUCAAGAAAUUCAGGAAAAUUUAUAUAGAAAAAAGCCUAUGUGACUAAAGUCACCUAGUCCUUGUGGAGUGUUAACAGGAUGGGAUUAGAGAGAGGAAAAAAUAGCGCUAAUGGAGGGGGACGAUUUGAAUUCAAAGAGUUAUUGAUCGAGAAGCGUUGAGCGGUUGAUCGGGAGCGUUGAGCGAUUAAUCAAGAAGUGAGAGUGAGUCGAAAGGUCAGAGUUAGUCGAGAAGCCAAAGAGUAGAGUUGUAGAGUUGAGAGAGUCAGCGGAGUUGCCUGAGUU